UUCUCCCAUCAAUCUCUUUUACAAUCCUCUCGAGAUGAAAAGAAAAGAACCCUUUAACUCAGAAGAUCCGACCUAUGAGGCAUCUUCCUCAGCGAUCCCUCCACAUGGAGGUGAUUAUGAUGACAGGAUGAAAAGGACAAAGGGAAAUGAUUACGAUGUGUUCUUGAGCUUCAGAGGGAAAGACACUCGUAAAGGCUUCACCGAUUAUCUCUAUACUAGCCUUGUUGACGCAGGAUUUCACGUGUUUAGAGAUGACGAUGAGCUUCCUGUUGGUGAGAAGAUUGGUCUGGAGCUCCUCUACGGCAUCACGCGAUCCACAAUCUUGAUCCCGAUUAUCUCCGAGAACUACGCUUCCAGCAAAUGGUGCCUUCGCGAGCUGGCUCGAAUGUUGAAGUGCAAAAGAAGCAAAGGGCAAAUAGUAUUACCUAUAUUUUACAAAGUGAAGCCCUCGGAGAUGCGACAUCUUAGAGGAAGAUGGCGAGAUUCUAUCAAUGCACAUAAAGAGAAUUUGGGCGAAAUGGUUGUGAAGGAAUGGGAAGAAGCACUUGAAGAAGUCUGUUCCUUGAAAGGAUGGGAAUCAGAGGAAAUUGAUAAUGGGCAUGAAGGAACAUUGGUUAAAAUUGUUGUUAGAAAAGUUAUGGCCGAGUUAAAAAGACUUUUUUUGUUAAAUGUUCCUGAACAGUUGGUGGGAAUCGAUGAUCAUGUGGAAGAAAUUAUGAGUAAGAUAGAUGCAAAAUUCAAUGGUACAAGGAUUAUUGGGAUUUAUGGAAUGGGCGGCAUUGGUAAGACAACUCUUGCAAAGGUGUUAUACAACAAACUCUCUAGUCAUUUUGAAAAUCGUAGCUUUGUGGCAAAUAUUCGAGAAACAUCUCAGCGCGAGGGCAUAAAAUUUCUACAAAAGCUACUCAUUUCUGACAUAAUAGGAAGUUCAUUUGAUGUGUCUAGUGUCGAUGAAGGAGUCAAUAUCAUCAAAUGUCGAUUUGCAAGUAAGAAAGUCUUAAUUCUUCUAGAUGAUAUGGAUGAUCGUACUAACUUGAAUGCUUUGAUUAAGGAUGGUAGUUGGUUUGAAGUGGGAAGUAUAGUCAUCAUCACAACUAGAAACAAAAGCAUUCUCGAUGAGGCUAGAGCAAGCUACAUGUACCCACUCAACGAGUUGUCUUUUGAUCAAUCAUUGAUUUUAUUUAGUAGACACGCAUUUCGAAACGAUUUUCCUCAUGGUUAUUACGAGGCUAUCUCUUGUGAAAUCGUAUCUACUACCGGGGGACUUCCAUUAUCUCUUGAAGUUGUAGGUUCAUUCUUAUGUGGAAAGAAAGAAGAAGUAUGGAAAGAUACAUUAAAGAAAUUAAAGAAAGUGCCCGAUAAGACAGUGCAAGAGAAGUUGAAAAUAAGUUACGAAGCAUUAGAAGACGAGGAGCAACAAAUAUUUUUGGAUAUUGCAUGCUUUUUCAUUGGACAUUAUAAACAAUAUCCAACUUACAUGUGGGACGCUAGUAAUUUUCUCCCAGGGAGGGGGAUUGAAGUGUUAAGUCUUAUGUCCCUAAUUAAGAUUGACGAAGAGGGUGAGCUAAUGAUGCAUGAUCAACUAAGAGAUCUUGGAAGGGAAAUUGUUCGUUUGGAAAAUCCAAGGAAGCCUCAAAAGCGUAGUAGAUUAUGGAAUUAUGAGGAAGCUCUAGAUGUAAUUGACGGAAACAAGGGUACUAGAAAGAUAGAGGCCCUUUCUCUUGGCGAAUAUGGUAUGGGAAGAACAUACACAGCCAAACAACUUAAAAAAAUGACCAACUUGAGAUUCCUCCAAGCAAAUGGUGUGGAUUUCACCGGAGAUUUCCAAAGCUUACUUCCUGAAUUAAGAUGGCUUCAUUGGAAGGGCUGUUCAUCGAAUUUCGCUGCGGACAACUUUCAUCUGAAAAAACUAGUUGUACUCGAUCUAUCAGAGAGUGCCAUUUCGGAGGAGUGGGGAGGAUGGGAUCCACUCAAGGUAAGACAUAAAGAAGGCAUUGAAGUAUUUUUUUAACAUAACUUAUUUUUUCCUUGUAAAUUUGAAAAUUGAUUUUCAUAAUUAAACUAGCCAUUUCUCUUUAAUUUGAUGCUA